GCCGCCAGCGCACCGCCAGCCGCUCGCCCUGCCGAGAUCCCCAGCCCACCCUUCCGGCCACGGCUGCGGCUGCGGGCGCGGGUGCGUGGAAGCGGCGGCUGCGGAGGAGAGGCGGCGGCUGCCCCAUGGAGUGUUACUACAUCGUCAUCAGCUCCACGCAUCUCAGCAACGGACACUUUCGCAACAUCAAGGGAGUUUUCCGGGGACCUCUCAGCAAGAACGGGAACAAAACUCUGGACUAUGCUGAGAAGGAGAACACUAUUGCAAAAGCUCUGGAGGAUCUGAAGGCAAAUUUUUACUGUGAACUUUGUGACAAGCAGUAUUAUAAGCAUCAGGAAUUUGACAAUCACAUUAAUUCAUAUGACCAUGCUCACAAGCAGAGGCUCAAGGAACUGAAACAGAGAGAAUUUGCUCGAAAUGUAGCAUCUAAAUCCAGGAAGGAUGAGAGAAAACAGGAAAAGGCACUCCAACGUCUUCACAAGCUGGCUGAGCUAAGAAAGGAAACUGGGUGUGCUCCUGGAAGUGGCCCCAUGUUCAAGUCAACAACUGUUACUGUAAGAGAAAAUCUCAAUGAACUUUCCCAAAUACAGACUGUAGAUUCAGUUAAUAAUCAGCAAGAUUUGAUUCAUAGCGAAGAGAAAGCAAAAGAUGUCACUACAGCUUCUGCAGAAAUGGAAAGUGCAAGUAACUGCACAGCAAAUAAUUGCCAGCUUGGGGAUCAGGCUCAGGGUAUCCACAGACAUAAAAUUGGCUUUUCCUUUGCAUUUCCAAAGAAAGCCUCUGUGAAGCUGGAGUCUUCAGCAGCAGCCUUCUCUGAAUACAGUGAUGAGUCCUCUGUGGAGAAAGAACUCGGCAGGAAAACGAGAUUUGUCCCCAGCACUUGUCAUCUUCAGCUAUCAUCACCAACAUGUGAGCUUCUCAGUUCCGAAGAGCAAGCUAACUCCUUUCAUCCUCAAGAGACCAUGUGUACUGACAAAACAACUGCUCAAAUUGAAGAGAUGAAAAAAGUCCCUAAUGAAAAAAAUACAUUGUUGACCUCUUUUUGCCAACGUCAAAUCCCGGUAUGUUCUGAUGCAGAUACAUGCCAAAAUUCAGCAUCAUUUGAAGAUCAAAUAGCAAUGGUAGAUGCGAUUGAUAAUGAAGAUGUACCUGUGAAUAAAAUCAGCACUGACUUCAUAGAAAAGAAUCCCACUGUACCUAAUGACUACACACUAGCACAAACGACCACAGAGGAAAAUGCUAAGAUGAGUGAUGAGGCCAAAAUGGAAACCGGAAAUAAAAUUAGUCAUGAGCCAUUGGCACCUUCAAAUACCACAGAGGAAAACAUAAAGUUGCAAAACAGACAAGAUUUAUGUAAAAGACAAUGUGACCCAUUUGUACCUGUACUUAACAAACUUGGAUCUACAGUGCUUCAGUGGCCAUCAGAAAUGCUUAUUUAUACAACUACAGAGCCAUCAAUAUCUUAUAGCUGUAAUCCACUCUGUUUUGACUUCAAGGCCACUAAAUUAAACAACAAUCAAGAUAAAAAUAAACCGACCUUAAAUGACCUUAAUUCUCAACAGAAGGAGGACUUUUGCAAGAGGCCAGAUGCUGAUUGCAAAAGUGCACCAAUUGAAGGUGUCACAGAUGAUGAAAUUAGCAGUAACAAAAGUAAUCACACUAAAAUUAUUGUUCUUCAUCCUGCUCACAUUCUGUCUAGUAGUUAUGAUUUAGAACACAAUAAGGAUGUGUAUGAGAAGUAUAAGGAUAAUUCCUGUAUAAACAGAAAAACAAACAGAUACAACUGUACUAGAAAUCAAAUUAAACGAGAUAGUCUAAAUGAGAAAUAUAACAAAGUCAGGUUGAAGGAGACUCGUGAACACUGGUUCCAUAAAAGUAAUAGGAAGAAAAAAAGAAGAAAGUUAUGUCACCAUCAUCAUGGAGAGACAACCAAAGAAGCUGAAAGUUACUGCAAAGCAGAAAUAGACAGGCAGUAUGCUGAUGAGAUAAGGAAGGGCCCACAGGAACUACUUCCUGAAAGACAGCGAAGGAGGCCAAAGCCAUGGUCAGAUGUACUUCAGCUACAUGAUGAAAAACCCAAUGCAGCAUCUACAAAUUUAAGUGAAAAUGAAGAAAUGAGUACAACAUGGAAUCCUGAGUCUAACAAUGAUGAUAUCAGUUCUCAAAAUCAUAAAGGAAAAAACACAAUAGUUGUAAAUGGACAAGCAAAUCCACCCAUGAUACAUACUGUGAAACAAAAUCUAACAUAUUCCAGAACUUACUGCUGUUGGAAAGCCAGAACAUCAAGCUGUCAAGGGGAUGUCAAGUGCUUAGUUUCUCAGAAUGAUGUGAAAGUUCCCAGUCAGAAUCAGCCUAUGAAAAGAGGAUACAAUUCUCUCAUGAGUGAAGCAGAAGGAUUCCAUCGGAAACGCAGACAACAUUCAUGUUCUUAUUCAUCAGGUGAAAGUUUAAAUCAACAGAAUCAUUUAGCAGAAGAAUAUUUGAGGCCACCAAGUGCUUCAUUCACUCCCUGUCAGCCGAAGAAGAAACGAAGGAGAAAAAGAAGUAGAUUUCACAUUGGGGGUAGAGCUUUGAAAAGCAAGGACAAUUCAGAUUAUUCCAUGAAGAGCAGUUCUUUGAGUCCUCUGAAUGUCUUUGUAAAGGAAGACAGAAAAGCAGAAAAAAAAACAAAAGAAAAUAUAAGAAUUGACAAGAACUCAGAGCAAACAGAAAACAAAGCGAUGUCACAUCCUUACAAUCCACUUCCUUCUGAAACCAAUAGCAAAGGUGAGCAUUCUAUAGCAGAGAUUACUCCAUCACAUGCAUCACAGGCUUCCAAUGAUCUCACUACAUCUGUGCAUGUAGCAAGAACCCCACCAAAUGACUCAAAUGACAAUAUCUUGCUUGGACACAAUCAAAGAAACCUGUCUACAAACAGUAACGAAAAGCAAAUUCCUUUCAAGGUGCCUAAUACUGAAAGGAACUUUAGAAAUUCACAGACUAAAUCAUACAUUUGCCGUUACGAACUGGCUGAAACCAUUCCACAGAGAAAGAUGAACGAACCAUCAACAGAGUGGCUCUGCUACAAUUCUGGAAUCCUUAGCACACAACCGCCAUUACAGUUCAAGGAAGCACAUGUCAGUGGGCAUGCCUUUGUAACAACAGAGCAAAUCCUGGCUCCAUUAGCCUUACCAGAGCAAGCACUAUUGAUUCCACUAGAAAACCAUGAUAAGUUAAAACAUCUACCAUGCGAGGUCUACCAGCACAUCAUUCAGCCAAAUGUUCUGGCCAACAAGGUCAAAUUCACCUUUCCUCCUUCUCCCCUGCCUCCUCCUAGCACUGCUGUGCAACAUUUGCCUUUGCAGCGGCCCUUUUGUUCUACCUCUGUUACCACUAUCCAUCACACUGUUUUGCAGCAUCAUGCUGCAGCUGCUGCAGCUGCAGCAGCAGCCGCAGCUGCAGGAACCUUCAAAGUGCUUCAGCCACACCAACAGCUUCUUCCCCAAGUCCCAUCUCUCACCAGAACAUCUAUACCUCAGAUCUCGGUAGGAGCUAUAGGACCCAGGCUUUGUCCUGGCAGUCAGCCAGCUUUGGUUGCUUCUCCUCAGAUGCCAAUCAUCCCUGCAUCAGUUCUUCGCCCCAGCCACUUGGCUUUCCCACCUUUACCCCAUGCACUUUUUCCUUCAUUGCUUUCACCACAUCCAACUGUCAUUCCUCUGCAGCCCCUCUUCUAGUCACCACCAUACAGAGAAAAGAACAUAUAUAAAUAUAAAUAUAU